GCGGCAUUAUAUUAGAAUUUUGAGUUGGACUAAACUUCGUACAACAUACAGCAAUCCCACAAUUUGUGAGCUACAUGUUCUUGGCCAUCUCAUGUGAAAGAAUAAAGGUCAGCAGUAUAUGAAGAUGGAGGAGUAAACGAUGGGAAAAGAUAAGCAAAUAUGGAUUUCUCAAGCUUCCCAAUGGUGUGUCAUUGGGGAGGGAACUAUUAUGAGGAUGUUGGGCAAAUAUGCCAUGAAGGUGGUAGAACCACAUUUGUCAUGGUUUCUCGUGGUGCUUGCAUGCUCGAGAUCCUUCAAAAAAUACAUGCAGCCACAAUGAUUCAUCCUAGUCGUUCUUUGCGUUUAAAAAUGAAAUUUCCCAUGAACGGGGGAAAGUACAUGCUUAUGCCCCUCAUUGAUGAGCUAGCUAUAACAAAUAUGUGGGGCAUAGUUCAGAUGGAGGACAUGUCGACGCUGGAGAUAUACAUUGAGGAAUCCAUAUGUGACGCUUAUGAUACUCCAUUAACAUCAAAUGAUGUUGUAUCUAGGCAUUAUGUCAAUGCAGGUGUGAAUGCAGGGAACUCCUCAAAUGCUCAUGUACUGCACAUGGUUAUACAGGAAGAUGAUAGGUAUUUUCACAACGGUGCAUCAUUUGUGAAUGGGCAGGGAAGUGAUGAUGAUGCUGACGACAACAUCAAUGGUGAUGACAUGACAGAAUCUGAUGAAGAUGAUGGUGAUACGGUCAUGGCAACUGCCCCGUCUAGCCACUUUACUAUAAUGUAUGAUCUCCCUGAAGGCUUUACUGAUGCGUGGAUGAGUGGAUCAGGUGAGAAAAGGUUUACCCUCGAAGGUGAGUUUGAGGCCGGUCAACAGUUUGACAACAAAGAACAAGUCAUCGAUAUGGUGAGCUUGUAUUCUAUCAAACGGAACCAAUUUUAUCGGGUGAUAGAGUCCGAUAAACACAAAUGGGUGGCAUAAUGCAAAAGGAAGAAAGAAUGUAUUUGCCCCUGGAGAAUACGCGCCACAAAGAACCAAGGCAACCUUGACACCUUCACAAUUGUGCGUUAUCCUAGACCUCAUUCUGCUACAUGUGUUGGGAACACCGACACUACUAAUCAUGUGGCUUUGACUUCAGAUUUCAUCUCUAAAGAUGUGAUUGACAUUGUUCGCACUGGUCCUUCCCUUAAAGUGCAUACUAUCAUUGAGAUGCUGAAGGAAAAGUAUGGGUAUACGGUAUCAUACCGGAGAACAUGGAUGGGGAAGCAAAAGGCCAUAGCAGAAAUAUUUGGCGGUUGGGAGAAGUCAUAUUCUGAAUUACCCCGUUUCAUGACAGCGCUCCAAGAUUCAAAUCCUGGAACUAUUGUGCAGUGGUACCCACCCCCUAAUACUCCCACAGGUUAUAUGCAGUUUCAAAGAGUUUUUUGGGCAUUCAAGGCAUCAAUACAUGGUUUUAAGCAUUAUCGACCCGUACUUACUAUUGAUGGCACACACUUGUAUGGAAAGUACAAGGGUACAUUGCUCGUGGCCAUGGGUUGUGAUGCGAACAACCAAAUAUUUUCAGUGGCCUUUGCAGUUGUUGAAUCUGAGAAUGGGGAUAGUUGGCCAUGGUUUAUGGCAUGUAUUAGGCAGUUUGUCACUAAUAGGGAGUUGUGUGUCAUUUCUGAUCAGCAUGGAGGUAUUGUCAGGGCAAUGAAUGAGGUGGGCAGUACUUGGGAGGAGCCUUAUGCGCAUCAUAGGCUAUGUAUCCGCCAUCUUGCAUCGAAUGUGCACACUCAUUUCAAAGACAUUCAACUAAAAAAUCUUUUUGUCUGGACCGCACGGCAACAUCAGAAAAAGAAGUUUGACGGUGGGUUCAAGAAGAUAGGUGAAAUGAGUUUGGAGGCACGACAAUUUCUGGGGAACAUUCCCCCGGAAAUGUGGUCAUUGCACCACGAUGGCGGGUACAGAUACGGUACCAUCACUUCUAAUCUGGGAGAGGUUUUCAAUAGCGUGAUGAAAAAUGCCAGAUAUUUGCCCAUCACCGCUUUGGUCCAGGUUUCCUUUUACCGGGUUAAUGUUUAUUUUGUUAAUAGGCGUGAGACCAGUAAAAUGAGAGUGACAGAAGGCCACGAGUACUCCCCAUACAUCACAAAUACUCCACACGGCGUAGGCGUAGACAUCAGCAACAACAUCUCCAUGACCAAGACGAUCAAGAAGACCAUGAGAACUUGUAGUUUGCCUUUUGUAUUGCAGUUUUUCUUGUACAGUAGAUGUUGUAGGAACAAUUUACAACAUUUUACGUAUUUUCUCUUCUAAACUCUUGUAUGUUGUGUUGAUGUGUUCGAGAAUGAAUAUUAGAUGAUUACUUGUUAUGAAUAUUGGAUGAUUGUACUGUGUUUUACCGAUUAUGAAUCUAAUGUUUUGUAUUCGAU